AGACUAUACAGUAUUGGAAAAGUGGAACAUGGACUGGUGACACAUUUAGCUUAGUGCCUGAAAUGAGGAUCUACUAUGUUAACAAUGAGAACGAGUCCUAUUUUACAUAUUCGAUUUUCAAGAAUAGUACAACCACAUCAAGGUUGAUCAUAGACGUCUCAGGACAAAUGAAGCAACGAACAUGGUCGAAUAAUGCAGCUGGUUGGAAUGAAUUUUGGGCUCAACCUAGAGAACAAUGUCAGGUUUAUGGUUAUUGUGGGGCAUUUGGAAUUUGCACAAGUAAUACUAAUUCACCCUGCAAUUGUUUGACUGGUUUCAUGCCAAGAUCAAUCGAUGAAUGGAAUUUGAAUGAUUAUUCGGGUGGAUGUGUAAGAAAAGGGAAGUUGCAAUGUAGUGCCAUUACUGAAGACAAGGAUGAUUUCUGGAUGAAUUUGACCAUGAUAUUACCUACAUCUCAAUAUACUAACGUCACAGUUGGAGAAGUCUCGCAAUGCAGAGAUACUUGUUUCGAUAGUUGUUCUUGCACUGCUUAUACUUAUGAUGGCUUAGGUACCUGUUCAAUUUGGACAGGAUAUCUCUUCAAUCUGCAACAACUCAGCGAAAAUGAAACAGAGAGGACUAUCUCUGUCAAACUUGGCUCCCUUCAAGCUCAAACUAAAGCGAAGAAAUCAAUAAAGCUUAAAGCUAUCCUUGUUGCCAUAAUACCUUUUAUGGUUCUACUCAUAUGCAGCAUUAGCUACAUUUACUAUAGAAGAAGAAGAACGGCAAAAGGAACAGGGACACAAAUCUCUCACUGGCACAAAGCUGAAGGAGAAGCAAAAGAGUUGAUGAUUGAAAACGAUGAGAAUAAAGUCAUUGAUGUUCCAUAUUUUGAUUUGGAGACUAUUUUGGUAGCUACUGACAACUUCUCAAAUGCAAAUAAGCUCGGACAAGGGGGAUUUGGUCCUGUUUACAAGGGUAUAUUUCCAGGAGGAGAAGAGAUUGCAGUGAAAAGGCUAUCAAGUCACUCCGGACAAGGCAUAGAUGAAUUUAAGAAUGAAGUGACUUUAAUUGCGAAACUUCAGCAUCGAAAUCUGGUCAGGCUUUUGGGAUAUUGCAUUAAUGCAAUGGAACAAAUUUUGUUGUACGAAUAUAUGCCAAAUAAAAGUUUGGACACAUUUAUAUUUGAUGGAUCACUUUGUACAUUACUGGAUUGGAAGAAACGUUAUGACAUCAUAUUGGGCAUUGCACGAGGUCUUGCUUAUCUUCACCACGAUUCACGACUAAGGAUCAUUCAUAGAGAUUUAAAAACUGGCAACAUUUUACUAGAUGAGGCAAUGAAUCCAAAAAUUUCAGAUUUUGGCUUGGCAAGGAUUGUUGAAGGAACAAGAACAGGAGCAAAUACAAAGAAAGUAGUGGGGACCUAUGGCUAUAUGUCUCCUGAAUAUGUAUUAGAUGGACUGUUUUCCAUCAAAUCAGACGUAUUCAGUUUUGGAGUAGUCGUACUUGAGAUAAUUAGUGGAAGAAAGAACACUGGAUUUUACCAAUCAGAAGAAGCGCUAAACUUGUUAGGUUAUGCAUGGAGACUGUGGAUAGAAGAGAAGGCAAUACAACUAACAGAGAAGUCAUUACUUGAAUCAUGCAACAUGAGUGAAGUGAUAAAGUGUAUCAAUGUCGCACUCUUGUGUGUACAAGAAGAUUCAAAUGAUCGUCCCAAUAUGUCAGAUGUCACUGUAAUGUUGGUAGGGGAAAAUAUGUGUCUUCCUAAACCUAAUCGACCAGCUUUUGUAAUGAGAACACACACGUCUAACAUAUCGUCUUCCUCUAAAGUUUCUAACAAUCAAGUGACAAUUACAAUUGAGGCAGGACGAUAACAACAAUAGUGAGUAAUAUUCACAGUCGACAUGUACAUAUGUUACAUUUGUAAUGUUUGCCUGCAUAUAUCUGAAGCACUAGUAUGA